GCAAGAAGACGAAGAGGCUGCGAGUUCAGCAGGGCAGGAGCAGGAGGGGAAUAAGUUAGAAAAUGGCCUUUAACACACUGACCUCAAGUGCUGCCUUGCUUUAUGAUGAGUGGAUGAAUAAAGCAGACCCACGAGUUGAGGACUGGCCCUUAAUGUCCUCCCCAUUUCCUCAAACAGUGAUCAUCCUGUCCUACAUCUACUUCGUCUCAACACUGGGGCCCCGUCUAAUGGAAAACCGCAAACCCUUUGACCUGAAGCGGCCCAUGAUCAUCUACAACUUCAGCAUAGUCGCAUUCUCGCUCUACAUGAUUUAUGAGUUUCUCAUGUCUGGCUGGGCCAAUGGAUACUCAUACAGGUGUGAUCUUGUGGACUAUUCCAGCUCUCCUCAGGCUAUGAGGAUGGCAUGGACUUGCUGGCUAUACUACUUCUCUAAGUUCAUUGAGAUGUUGGAUACUAUUUUCUUUGUGCUGAGGAAAAAGAACAGCCAAGUCACUUUUCUCCACGUGUACCAUCACUCCAUUAUGCCCUUCACCUGGUGGUUUGGGGUCAAGUUUGCUCCAGGUGGUCUAGGAACCUUCCAUGCUCUGCUGAAUUGCUGCGUCCAUGUUGUCAUGUACUCCUACUAUGCCCUUUCUGCUAUGGGACCAGCCUAUCAGAAGUACCUCUGGUGGAAGAAGUACAUGACCACCAUUCAGCUGAUUCAGUUUAUCAUGGUGACCGCCCACAUUGGUCAGUUCUUCUUCAUGAAGGACUGUCCUUACCAGUUCCCUGUGUUCCUGUACAUCAUUGGCCUCUAUGGACUGAUCUUCCUGGUUCUCUUCCUUAACUUCUACUACCAUGCGUACACCAAGGGAAAGAGGCUGCCCAAAAUCUUUCAGAAUGGAAUGUGCCGUCAGAAUGGUGUGCACAAGAAGGCCGAGUAAGAACACCAUGGUCACCCAGAAGUGAAGAUCCUGCAGCUUUUAAGUUGGGCUAUUUCUUGAGUCAUUUCAGAGAAUUUCACCCACCAUGUUUUAUGUUAAAACUUUGUGGAAUGCCACCUUCUCACUGGAUGUACAUUGUCAAACUAGCACAAUUGUGGGUUUUUUUUUUUUUUUUUUUUUUUUUUUUUGGUUUUUUUCCCCCCAACGAUGGUCUGGUUUGUACAGUCUUCACUUGGGUUCUGAAAUGUUUAUGGGGUGUACAAUAUUUGUUUUAAUAUCCCCCGUUUUGUACAUAGUUAUUUAAAUCCCAGCAUUUGGAUUCUGAACCGGCUGCUGGUUGAAAUGAAAACAUGGAUUGUGAGAGCAGAAGUAUCAGACGUUUUUAAUGCUAUUGGUCUCUGAGGGGGCAGUGAAGGUUGUUUUUAUUCAUAGGCUGACCAAAAAAAAAAACCUGAAGCCCUUUCACCAAGAAGAGCAUGACUGACUACCUGAUUAGCUUGAGUCCUUGCGUUUGAGUGACCGAAGUGAAAGCUGGGGUUCUUUUUGAGACGUCUUAUUUUUCAAUGUUUGUUGUAAGUUUAUGUAGUCUAAGGCGUGUUGUUUGUGUGUGGUUUUUUUUGUUUGUUUUUUGUUUUUGUUUUUUUAACAAAAAAAAAUCUGACUGAGGUGUGUUAAGUUCUUCAAAGAACCAAACUUGCCAAUGAAUUGAAUGAUCGUGGCCUCUGGGGUUACAUUUUUCCCUAGUCAUGUGACCUUUUGUACUGUAACGCGUUUUGCAUUUGUAUACACUGCUUUAUUUAUAUGUAUUAUUGUGUGAUGGAAAAACUGCCUUUUUACUGAACAAAAUAAAUUGUUAAUGUCCAUGGUC